UUUUCUCGUUACAGGCUCCAGCAGUCGCCUGUUACGUUCCAGAUUUCAUCAGUGAAGCCGAGGAGCAGCACCUUUUGCAACAAGUUUAUAGUGCCCCGAAGCCAAAGUGGACUCAGCUGUCUGGGAGGAGGCUGCAAAACUGGGGGGGGCUGCCCCACCCGAAAGGGAUGGUCCCAGAGAAACUGCCCCCCUGGCUCCAGAGUUAUGCGGAGAAAGUGUCUGCCCUUGGCGUCUUCGGAGGAAGGCUGGCAAAUCAUGUCCUGGUGAACGAGUACCAACCGGGCGAGGGCAUCAUGCCGCACGAAGAUGGCCCGCUGUACUUCCCCACCGUCACCACCAUCAGCUUAGGGUCACACACCCUCCUCGACUUCUACCGUCCCAUCACCAGAGGACCGCAGUCCGAAAGCCAAGAGAAUUCUGCCCCCCAGACAGAGGAGGAACGCCAUGUCUUGUCCUUACUUCUGAAGCCCCGGAGCCUCCUGGUCUUGCAGGACGACAUGUAUGUGCAUUACCUCCAUGGCAUCCGCCCCGUCACAGAGGACACCGUUACGCAGAAAGUGGCCAACGCGGGCGUCCGUGGCUGUGAAUUUGGGGACACGUUGACACGUGAGACACGGGUGUCUCUCACCAUCCGCCACGUCCCCAAAGUGCUGAAAACCUCUAUUGUUCUGGGCCGGAGGAAGUGACCAUUUUGCAUUGUGGGGAGCUCACGCUGUUGAAAGAUUCUCCAUCAGGAGAGCCCCCCGGGAGGACUCCCUGCGUGUAGAAUGCUGGUGCGUCAAGAGGAAGGAGUUGGACCUUGGGGCGCCUCUGAUGUGCAAGGAAUGCAUCUGGGUGUGCGGAACGAGUCUCCAGAUGUUCUUGGAAGUGGUAAACGCAACUCGACUGCCUUUUCUGUCGGAGACAACCAACCCUAAGGAAAUUUGGGAGAGUUGCCACUGUCGAGGGCAAAUCUGUGCAAACUACUUAGGGCGGUGUUUCUCAAACUUGGCCGCCUUAAGAUGGGUGGACUUCGACUCCCAGAAUUCCCCAGGCAGAAUUCUCCACCCAUCUUAAAGCGGCCAAGUUUGAGAAAUGCUAGUUUAGGGGGCAAAAACGGUGGGAGGAUGGGAGAGGCAAGAAUAGUAAACCUGGGGAGAAGGAGGUCUCCAUGUAUAUCAGUGUCCACAGUGUGUGGGGGGAAAAAGUCAAGAUGGUGGCCCCAGUGAUGCUCUGCAGUGCACAUGAGUCAUGGCUGCCUUCUUGAUUUCCUUUUUUUAAUCAUGCCCUGUGGACGUCCCUGGUGUAUAUCAUCUCCCGUGACCCGUAGAAUGCCCUGGCAGAUGCCUCCAGGCUGAGAAUGAGGAUCAGCCACUGUUAGAAAGUCAGAAGCCCACAUUCUCCUCCCACCAAGUGUGGGCUUCUGCGCUGAACUGGAGCUGCCGGUGUUUGAGCUUGGUAUGGCGCAUAUGCCAUCCUGGCAUCGGACAGGGAGCCUGCAGCCUGAUUUCUUUUUGAUUCGCUUCCUCUCCGUUGUAGCUGCAGUUCAUGAAGCUACUUCAGCUUCACCAUGUCCCGGCACAGAGAAGCAUGAAUCUCAGAAUCUGUAGGGUUGAGGAAAAGGUCACUUGACAGGGCAUAAGGGAGCUGGCCUGCGCUGUUGAGACCUCCAUCAGGAGCCCGAGAGAGAGCGUGUUUCUUCCCUGGGGUUGGUCAAGGCCACCACAAAACUGGUCUCCACACUGGAGUCCACGGAGACCGUCUGGCCCUUAUUUCAGUUUUUUAUUUUACUUGGAAGGGUGAAACGUGAGGACAAACGGGGGUGCAAAAAGCGGUUUCGUGGAGAGCCCCUAACCAGAAGCAGUGGGGCGGUGGCCCAGGCGUUUCCUGGGGACGGUCAUGCGUGGCCUUUGAACGUGCACUCAGGGCUAAGUUCCUUAAAGGAAUGGCCGAUGCCAGGACAAAAGCCACACUUGAAUUCAUUUCCUUGCACAUAAUGCAAUUGCAGUACAAGCAGCCUGCCCAUUCUGCAGUCCUGCGUUUGUUCUUUUCCCCUUCCCACCCCGUAAGCAUUAGAGUCCAGUAAUUGCUGCGUAUAAUACUGGAAUUUCAGGUUGUACCUUCUGAACUGUUGCCUCCGUCAGAGUGGGCAGGCCCUCCUUGCCCUCCAGAGGCGAUGGCAGGGAAGAGCCACGAGCCACCCACUCAAGAUCACCAGCGUUGUGUGUCUCCUGGGUGGAAUUGUGUAUGUGACAUGGAGCAGCUUAAAAAGGACUUCGAAAUGCUCGUGCCAAAAAUGCUGAUUUUUUUUUUCAGCAGGUAUAAACUGUGCCAAUAAAAUCCAAUAAUUGUA